ACUAUUGAAAGCCACCAUUGUAGAGGUGUAUAAUCCUCCCCUCGUCCUGUGUAUUAAAAUCCGCCUCCGAACUUCAGUACAGGAAGUAUGCACAUUAUACGGGAAAGCAUCUCCCAUGAUUUGUGAAACGAAAUCCACUGUGCAAGGAUGCUGAAUAGUGCCUGUUUGUGAAAGACUGGUCAUUGUUCGUGGUAUACUGGUGCCUGUCGGUGAAAUACUGCCGAAUGGUGUCUGUCGGUUCUCCCUUAACCAAUGUAUAUCUAUACAUGAGUGUUGGUUACCCCGUGAGCUACCACAGUUUUGAUGUCACUGAAAAAGAAAGCACUGCAGAAGGAACAGUGAAGAACAAAGUUGAAGAUCAUGUUGGAUUGGCCCCUAAACAUGGGUAUUGCCACGCAAGACCAAAGAGCCAUCUCGUCGAAUCUAUACUAACAUUUCUGUGCUUUCCACCCACCGCAAUUGUUGCAAUUUUCUUUGCUUUAAAGGUAAAUCGUUUCUACGAUGUCUAUAACUACUCUGCUGCAUACAAGGCCUCCAGCAGAGCCAAAACUUUCGCUUUCAUUUCGUUUUUACUCGGACUCGUAAUGUGGAUUCUGAUAUUGACUUUGUGGAAAGUCGGAUUCCGUUAACAUACGUGACUCGUGUGUUACGCUUUUCGCGGAAAAUUUUCAAUAUUUUGUUUCCGUAAAAUGAUUAUUAAUUCAUUGACCGGAGAAAAAGUAUAUGUACAUGUGCAGUUGAGUAGAAAUAUGAAGGAUAUUUAAAAAGAAAAAGAAGGAACGAACUGUUACAUUUUGUGAUAUUAAUAAAAUCUGCAUUAUUAUUUUUCAUUUUGAUAUUCCUUACUCUAUGAAAAGGUGAUGAUAACGAACAGUGGUAUAUUUGUUGAAAUAAUAGGACGUGACUAAUUAGACAACAGAAGUUGAGUUUCAUGCUACAUAAACUGUUUCCUAAACUAGAACUGAUCUAUUUCGUAUCGGAACCUCUCUUGAUGCAACAAUGUCAUAGUUCUGACAAUUUAUCUAAUUAAUCCAAUAGAUUAUCAAUUAAUCACUAACGUAAUGAUGUAUUUCUACAUAAAUCCUCAAUAAAAAUUACUGUAAAUAAUGUUCAUAGUAAGAAAAAUUUAUAACUAUAGAAUAACAAUGAAAGAUUAAUCCAUAAUGGUGAAGAGGAGAGACUCAUGUCCACGAUGUUUUAUUUUAAAAAGAAUGUUCUACAAAAUUUAAUAUGUAUUUUUUGCAUUUUAAUUGACUGUUAAUUUUGGUUAAAUUUUGUCACUGCAGCAGCCUUUGGACGUCUAUUUCGGUCGAUAUUGUGGUCUCGAUUAGUGCGAUAAUAUCAAGUAUCAACCUCAUCCACAUGCUCUACGUAUCUAGAUGUAUUAUAAUCUCAUUGUCACAGUGUUUACAUCCUGCAUUUAAUUUCAUGAAUAAUCCUCACAUGGCGAGAACAAUGAAGGUCCUGUAUUGAACCACCGGGAGUGACAGUUAAUGUACGAAGUGAUGUGUGCAGAUUUUCUUGUCUCGGGGCCUCUUUAGCUGUGCAAUUUCAAAUUCGUUAUGCAGUUUGCAACCAAUGGACAUCGAAACUAUAAUUCAUUAUCAAGCGAGGGAGAUAAUUGGAGGUUGAAAAAGAAAGAGCCUGAGAGUGGACUGGCGGAUCAGUUUGGCUAUAUCCUGACGUCACCAAAAGACUACCGAGCGGAGGCGGUGUUCGCCACGAUCUUCUGCUUCUUCCCGCUGGGACUGGUGGCUCUCUUUUAUUCUUGGAGAGUGAAACAUCAUUAUAAGAACAACAGGCUGAUUGCUGCUUACUCCUCGGCUAAAGUUGCUCAGGUGCUUAGCAUAGCUGCCACCAUGAUCGGACUGCUCUUAUGGCUUGGCGGUGGUGCUGCUAUUUUGUUGCAUAAAUAGUUUAAAAAUCCAGAGAUUCGCUGAAUAUGCAAAUGCAUUCAAUACAUGUAAAGUGAUGACAUGAAAAAAAGAUGAUGCUGUUUUGUGUGUUUAUUUACAAAGCAUGUAUUAAUGAUGGAUGAAUGAUUUGUAUUUGCAUUCUGUAAUGUGUUGUACAAUAAACUAUUUAUUUACCAGUGACCCAUUUAUGUCCCGUAAUAUAUCUAUAUAAUAUAUGUAACACAAAAUUAAAUAUUUUAAUUUUCAAAA